CUCUCUCACAUCUCUUUAUUUAUAAAAACAAAACACUCUCUCCACAAUCAAGACAGAACGAGAGAGAUGGCGACAGAUGCAGGAUCAGAGUCGAUGGCGACAGUGGCUUCAAAGGCUCCGGUGACGGCCGAGAGGAGGGUCCGGACUGAUCUCGAUGACCGUCUACCAAAACCAUAUGUGCCUCGAGCCAUGGUUGCACCUGACAUGGAAAAUGUUAACGGGACAAGGGGACACAAGCACCAGGACAUGUCUGUUCUUCAGCAGCACGUUGCCUUCUUUGACCAAGAUGGUGAUGGUGUCAUCUACCCAUCGGAGACAUUCAAAGGUUUUAGAGAACUUGGUUUCAACGUGAUCUUUAGUUUCUUUCUGACAUUCAUCGUGCAUGUUACCAUGAGUUACGCCACAUCGCCUAGUUGGAUACCUUCUUUUUCCUUCCCGAUUUACAUCAAGAACAUCCAUAGAGCCAAACAUGGAAGCGACACUUCCACUUACGACACUGAAGGAAGGUAUAUUCCAGCAAAUCUCGAGAACAUGUUUAGUAAGUACGCACGUACUGUGCCUGAUAAGCUAACCCGUUACGAGCUGUGGCAAAUGACUGAGGCUAACCGCAACGCAUUCGAUUUCUUUGGCUGGGCAGCGAGUAAAAUGGAGUGGGGAGUACUAUACUUACUGGCUAAAGACGAGAAUGGCUACUUAUCUAAAGAAGCUGUUAGGAGAUGCUUCGAUGGGAGCUUGUUUGACUACUGCGCCAAGUCGAGAGCUUCUUCUAAAAAGACAGAUUGAUGACAUGACGUUUACCAUUUGUCUUGCUUAAGUAAACCUUUGUUUAAUCUCUUUACCGGAAACACGAAUCAGAUCGUAUCUUUUUACUGCCUAAGUUUCUCAUCUUUAUAAUGGUUCUUUUGGUUUCUGUAUUUUGGCAAACUGCGUUUUUGAAGUAUAACAAAAUGUACGUGCUCAAUA